AUGCGAGGAGGAGAGAGUAGCAUACAGGGAGGACAAUCGAGGGGAAAGGGAGGGGACAAGGGGCAAGGAGGGAAGGAAGGGGAAGUAGAGACGGGUGGAGUAGGGAGAAAAUAUGGACAGACCCAAGGAAAAUACCGGAAGAACCAAGGUAACUUCGGACCACUAAGUUCCAGACUGCUCAUCGAAAUACUUGAGAAAGACCCUUCUGAGGCCGCUACAGAACUUGGGUCCCUGAAAGGAAACCUUCAAGCCGGUCUCAAUGAAGACUCGAUGGAUGAGGUACGACAACAUCUCUUUUGGGAUGCUCUAGCAUUUAUGUGCGGAGCUGUAGGUGCAGAACAAACAGUGAUCAUGCUCCUGACAAUGGCUAUGGACUCCAAACUCUGUCGUCAGCAUUUACUCACGUUUUUGACCAAAGUCAAGCGUCCAGAAGAGAAAAUCGACGAAAGGCGGUUAAAAAUUUUGAAGAAUGUCACCACUGUCUUCUUCUCAGCCAUGCAAAGUUUGCCAAGCCGUGCUUCAGAUCUCAAAGUUGCAGUCACUCUCAUCUCCGAUGCUGUAUCAGACAUGGAUCAAGACGACAAACGUGAUGACAUCAUGAAGUCAAUUAAGUCUUUGAGUAAUCACAUUGAGGUCAUUGAAAAAGAAAGGGAUACAAAAAGACAGAUGGACCGCAUUUCUAAGAACCCACCCCCUGACGACUUCCGCCAGCAAGACAUUCUUCCCACUGUCAAGGAAUUGCAACCUGGAUAUCAGCCGUUUCUCCGUCCUCAUCUGACGAGAGGUGUAUAUGCUGAUGCAGACCACUACCUGGAUGUUCAGUUCAGACUCCUGAAGGAAGACUUCAUCUAUCCCCUUCGCAAUGGGAUAUCAGAGUACUUAACUUUUAAGAAGGCCAACCCUGACAGAAGGGCCAAACUUCAGGAUGUGCGAAUCUACGAGGAAGCUCACUACAAAAAAUCUGUCCGUGAUUUCUCCGGAAUUUCACAUUACAUGGCUUUCAAGAAGUUACCCCAUGUCCGAUGGUAUUCGACAAAACGACUCAUGUACGGAUCAUUGCUCAUCCUAUCAACGGAUGAUUUCAAGUCCUUCAUAUUUGCUACAGUGGCCAAUCGGGACGUAGAAGAUCUAGAAAAGGGAAUGGUAGCCAUAGCAUUGGUCGACCGAGAAGAUGCAUCAUGUCUAUUGAACAAGAGGUUUGUGAUGGCAGAGUCAUCCGUCUUCUUUGAAGCUUAUCGCCCAGUUCUUCUUGGUCUCCAGGGAAUGUCUGGCCCAUGCUUGCCGUUUUCCCAAUACACUUUGAGCAUGUUUCAUGAUGUAAAGCCACCCAGGUAUCUCCAAGAUGUGAUGGUAACUGAAAACGGUGAAAUGUUCAUCAGUUCAUGUAGUAUCGAUAUCUCACCUCUGCUGAAAGACAAACGAGGAUGCUCUCCAACAAUUGACGUGCUUGACGAUGGUGCUUGGCCCGAAAUUGACGCUGUACAGCUCGACCAAUCACAAUAUGAAGCUGCCAAGACAGCUCUCACCAAAGAACUCUCUGUCAUACAGGGUCCACCAGGUACCGGCAAGACGUACAUAGGUCUGAAGAUUAUAGAGACUCUUCUCCUUAACAGAGAAGUCUGGUCAAGUAAAGAAAACCCUAGCCCUAUCUUACUCGUGUGCUACACAAAUCAUGCGCUAGAUCAGUUUCUGGAAGGGAUCUUAACAUUCCAUCAGACUGGAAUCGUUCGAAUUGGAAGCCGUAGCAAGAGUGAGAAGUUGCAGCCCUUCAACCUUAAUCGGAUGGUUGGUCGGAGGGGAAUACACGGUGAAGAGUACGUUCAACGAAGGGUUCGUCAUGUCAAGAAUGAAGUUGUCGCCGCAAAGAGGCGUGUGGAGAGAACGCAAGCUAGGAUAGAGGGUGCAAGAAAUGGGAUAAUCAACGAGAACGAACUAGGCCCUUUUAUGUCACGGCAGCAUUACAACAGCCUCCUGCGUUUUUCUCAUCUGAAACAAUCAAACUCUUGGCUCGUAGAGUGGCUUCUGUGUGAACAUCAUAAUGACAGAGAUUUGAACCAGCAAUGGAAUCGGGAUACUCUUAUACAGAGAAAUAACCUGCAAGAAGAAGAGAGUGGAAAAAGCACAAAGCAUGAUCCUGUGGCAAAUAGAGCAACAGUCGAGGUAGAAUAUGAACGAAGUGCCAUCGAGUCUAAAAGAAUGUUUGAUGACGAAUAUGAUGAGGAAGGUUCUGAUGAAGAGGAAGACGAAGGCCACCCUUUCCUUGGCCUUGACUUAGAUGAUCUGAACAAAGCAGAGGACGGUACCUUGCGGAGGUACGUCCAAAGAAAGAUAUCUGGCAAAGAUGUUCUCGAUCCACGUGCUCUUCAAUCAAUUAUGGAUGUUUGGCGUAUGCGUCCAAACGAUCGAUGGGCACUUUACCAUGUUUGGUUGCGCAACUAUCUGCAACAGUUGAAAGAGAAACUGCCAGCAAAUGAGCUUAAAUUCAAGCAACGUUGUGGUGAGCUAGAUGAAGCAAAACACGUACAGAAAUACCAAGUCCUUCGACAGGCAACUAUAAUCGGUAUGACUACAACUGGAGCGGCUAAUCACCAGAAGGUUUUGCAUAGAGUCCGCCCAAAGAUCGUAGUAGUAGAGGAAGCAGCUGAGGUACUGGAGGCACACAUCAUCACGGCAUUAAAUGCAUCAUGUCAACAGCUCAUUCUCAUCGGAGAUCAUCAACAACUUCGACCGAAACCAAACGUGUACUACCUGGCAAAGAAGUAUCAUCUGGACGUUUCAUUGUUUGAAAGACUUAUCAAAAACGAAUUUCCUUACUCACAACUUAAGCUGCAGCAUCGGAUGCGUAUCGAGCUGUCGGAUCUGAUGAGAAGGAACUUCUACGACAACCUCCAAGACCAUGACACGGUGAAGCGAUACGGAAAUGUGAAAGCAGUUCAAAAGGAUAUCUUCUUCCUAGAUCACGCAGAACCAGAAGAUGAAAUGGACGAUACUCAGAGCCACUACAAUCUCCAUGAGGCCAGACUCGUAGUAGCAUUGUGUUACUACUUCCUGCAGCAGGGGUAUGAACCUGAUAAGGUUACAAUCCUCACAGCUUAUACAGGUCAGCUCCUGAAAAUCAAGCAGAUGAUGGACCGUAGCCGGUUUGAGGGAGUGAAAGUUACUUCAAUAGACAACUACCAGGGAGAAGAGAAUGAUAUCAUUCUUCUGUCCUUUGUGAGGAGCAACAGUCAUGGGCAAAUUGGAUUCUUGGGGAUUUCGAACCGAGUCUGUGUCUCCUUGUCAAGAGCGAAGAUAGGGCUCUACUGCGUAGGAAACUUCACCCUCUUUGCAGAAAAGAGUGACCUAUGGAAGGGAAUAGUGAAAGAUCUAGAAGCAAUGGGAUCUAUCGGAGAUUCCCUUACGCUGCAAUGCACCAAUCAUUCAGAAGAGGGGACAGCGGUGAAAACUGCCGAUGACUUCAAGAAGGUACCAUUAGGAGGAUGUAGUAGAGACUGUGAUACCAGGAUGGACUGUGGACACGUUUGUCGAAUAAAGUGUCACCCAACGGAUCUAAAGCAUCUCGUCUACAAGUGCAAGGAAAAGGUUGACAAAACUUUAAGUUGCUCACACGUCCAAUCUAUUCCUUGCCACAGGUCAACGGCGGGACUUGAAACGGAGUGCGAGGUCAUCAUCAACAAGGAACUGCAGUGCGGCCACAGAAAGACAGAGAAGUGUAAUGGAAGUGGACGAUGUGAUGAGAUAGUCUUGAAAGUUCUGGGAUGUAACCAUACCUGCCAAGCAGCGUGUCACAAAGAUCCAAAGAACAUCAGAUGCAAGGAAAAUGUUGAGAAAACCCUGCCAUGUGGACAUACGCAUACUCUUCACUGUUCCGGAACGAAUAAGCCGCGAAUCGUGGAAAAGCUACAAUAUGCUCGCAAUAGCAUUGAGGACGAGCACCUCCUGAGUAGAGUCAACUCAGCCGUCAAGGGGGCGUGCGAGGACUGCGACAUGGAGAAGGCUGAGCAGGAGAGAGCCCGCUUAGAGACUUCUGCCUGGUCAACGAGGAGAUGUAAAGUGAAUAACACACCUCGGAGGAUAGAACAUGAGAGAGGUGGACAGUGGGUCUGCUACCAAAGUGGCAGAGAAAGAGGGAGGCGAGGAGAUGACAGGGGAGGAUGGAGGAGAGAAAGGGACAAAGACGGAGGACGUCGAGAUAGGAGAGUGGAAGAAAGAGGAAGAUGGAGACACGGAAAGGAUGCCAGAGGAGGUGACCGUGGAGCGGGGGGAUGGAGAAGGGAUAAAGAGGAAGACGGAAAAGAUCGCCAUCGGAGAAGGGGAGAAAUAGGAGCAAGGGAAGGAGGAAUAGGCAACCGUCCAAGAGGAGAAGAAAAGGAACAUGACGAUGCUGGAGCUCAGGGAAAUGGGGAUCGGCGCGGCGAACCUCGCCACAACCAAGCAAGGGGCCCUCGUGUAGUUCAUUCUUUAGGCUAUAAAACAUUAGAACAGCUCCUGUCAAAAGACCCUGACGACGCAGCACAAGAGUUAGGUUCUCUCAAGCAAGGACUGAGCAAGCUUCUAGAAAUGACGGAUAUACGCUAUGACCUGAUAUCGCUGUUGUUUCAGGUCUUACACCAUGUCUGCCGGGCGCAGGUGUCCAAUGAAACUAUCAACAUGCUGUUAGAUAUGCUCGGAAUGGAAAAGUUCAUCAGCAACCAUCUCAACCUCCAUCUUAUUGCGAUGAGGACCGAGAGAAGCAAAACCAGACAACGGGUCAUGCCUAGUUGCAUUCAGGAUAUCGCAAAUGUCCUGUCAGAGCUACAGCAACGCCUUCCAAGGUACUUGACAGAUGUUGAAGUUGCUGCGACACUCCUUGAAGAGGCUGUCAAAUACGCAGAGAAGAGGAAAAUACUUGUCGAUGAGACAAUUCAAGAAGAGGUACGCCAACUUUUGAAAUUGAAUGAGCCAAUCCAACAGGAAAGGCUGAAGAAGCCACGUACGGACAUCGAAUCCACAGCACCUCUUCCAGAUAAUUUCCGUGAGCUCAGUGUGUUUCCAACGUCUAAUGAACUUACAGAUAAUUCUCUUCGUCUUUACCUUCGAAAACACAUUAAGAAGGGAAAGUAUGAAAGUGUCGAACAUUAUCUUGAUGUCCAAUUUCGUCUUCUUCGAGAAGACUUUGUCCGCCCACUUAGAGAAGGCAUUAGUGGGUAUAAGAACGCAACAGCUCGACCAGGGAAAUGCGAUAAACGCGUUCAAGACAUUCGUCUAUACUAUGAUGUAACACUGGACGAACCACUGUACUCACAAACUGGAGUUACGUUCAGAAUUCACUUCGAUGAGUCUAAACUCACAGGCGUUCGUUGGCAAUCGUCGAAGCGACUGAUCUAUGGUUCACUCGUCAUCUUGUCACCUGAUGAUUUCAAGACCCUCAUCUUCGGCACAGUUGCAAACCGAAAGCCUGAUGAUUUGGCUAAAGGCUUCAUUGAAAUCAAGCUCGAGAGGGACGAAGAAAUUGCAGAGAUCUUCACUGAAAAGACAUUCAUCAUGGCAGAGUCUUCAGCAUACUUCGAAGCUUACCGACAUGUCCUGAGCCGCAUACAACAUGUCACUGAGCAGUCAAUGCCCCUAACUGAUUACAUCAUAUCAGCAUCACCAAAUAUUCGUCCACCUGCCUACAUCCGGAACGAUCGCUCCAUUGAAUAUGACCUAUCACCCAUCGUCUCUGGUGAUGUUCCAAACGCAAAGCAAACUACAAUGCGUAUAAAGACCGUGAGGAUUCUUGAUGAUCGUGAAUGGACAAGACUAGGGAACACUGGUCUUGAUGAGUCCCAGCUUCGAGCCGUACAAGCAGCACUUACUCAAGAGAUGACGGUCAUACAAGGCCCACCUGGCACUGGAAAAACCUACAUCGGGUUGAAGAUAGUUCACACUCUUCUCCAAAACAAGCAAAUUUGGAAAGAAGCUCAAGUUCUAGGACAUGCCGGACGCACAGGCCAUGCGAACAGACCAAUCCUACUCGUUUGCUAUACAAACCAUGCUUUAGAUCAGUUUCUGGAAGGAGUUGCAACUUAUAACAGUGAAGGUAUCGUGAGAGUCGGUGGCCGAAGUUCUAGCGAGGCUCUGAAGCGGUUCAACCUCAAUUCACUCAGGAGCUCAAAGCUUCGAGAAGAGACACCUCGUCACGUGAGACGUAGAAUUGGGGAGGUUCAUGGAGAAAUCGAAAGUCUUGGGAGAGAAGUCAAAGGCCUUCAGGACAAGAUUAACCAUACGAAGAAGGGCCUACUCCAUGAAAGAGUACUUAUGAAGCACAUGACUGACGCACAAGAAACAAGCCUUAACCAAGGAAAUAUCUUUGAAGUAGAUGGGCAAUCCUUCCUUGUCCAUUGGCUCCUUGGUUAUAUUCAGAAGAGAUGUCCAUCUGAGGAGCUUGAUGUUCCUGAAGAUAUCGGACUAAAACAUGAAGAAGAUGACAAAAGAGAAGAAGAUCUCAAUAUCUUAGAGGAGGCGGAUCUUCUUGACGAGACGAGACGACUGGACGUUGACUACCCACAAGAUAGAAUAUUCACAGGCGAUGCGAAUGCUAACUUUGAUGAUGACACUUUGGCUUUUCGACUUGACGAUCUUGACAACUUGGAUGCGGGAGGGUGGCAACAAGACCGACGGCAGGUCAGCAAUAGGAAGCACAACUUGGAGAGAAAGCUCAGGAGUAGUGAACGAAUGUCCGACCAAGAGGCAAACGCCGUUAGGGACGUCUGGGGUCUUGAAGAAGGAAAGCGAUGGAGAUUAUACCAUUAUUGGGCUCAUUUACAUCGCCAUGAAUCUCAUCGUCAGCUCGUAGAUAAGCAACGGAAAUUUACAAAUGUUUGUCAGGAGCUACGAGAGGCACGCAGUCAAGAAGAUUAUGAGAUCCUCAAAAAUGCCUCAGUCGUUGGAAUGACAACAACUGGAGCUGCCAAGUUCCAUAUGCUUCUUCAGAGAAUCCAGCCGAGAAUUAUGGUGGUCGAGGAAGCUGCAGAGGUGUUAGAAGCCCAUAUUGUGACUGCAUUGACUGAGUCAUGUCAACAUCUCAUAUUGAUUGGAGAUCACCAACAACUUCGGCCAAGUCCUACGGUCUUCAAAUUAGGUACGCAGUAUAACCUGGACAUAUCUCUGUUUGAACGUAUGAUCAACAAUGAUGUACCUUAUCAGCAACUGGUUCUACAACAUAGGAUGAGGCCUGAAAUUUCCCGACUCAUGAGGAUGGACAGAUUGUACCCAUCUCUCAAAGAUGACGACUGUGUGAAGGGGUUCGACGAUAUCCAAGGGGUUACGAAGAACAUCUUCUUCAUUCAUCAUGAAAUUGAGGAAGACUAUGUGGAUGAAAUGAAGAGUCACUCCAACAUUCACGAGGCCAAGUUCUUGGUAGGACUUUGUAGGUACUUCUUGCAGCAGGGCUACCUUCCAGAGCAGAUCACCAUCUUGACUACCUAUUCCGGUCAACUCUUUGCCUUCAAGGGGUUGAUGAAAAAGAUUGACUUUGAAGGUGUCAGAGUUGCGACAGUUGACAACUUCCAGGGAGAGGAAAACGACAUAAUUCUACUCUCUCUCGUUCGCAGCAACGAGGAGGGAAGUACUGGUUUCUUGAAGAUCGACAACAGAAUCUGCGUAGCGCUCUCAAGAGCAAGAAAGGGUCUCUACUGCAUCGGAAAUUUCAAACUCCUUGCACAACAAAACCCAAGUGGGCCAAACUUGUGGAGGGAAAUCGUGAAGGACGCUGAAAUCUAUGGUACCAUCGGAAAAUCCCUUGUGCUCCAGUGCAGAAAUCACAUAGGGACAAAACAUGAGGUAUCAAGUGAGGCGGAUUUCUCAAAAGUCCCAGAAGGCGGUUGUUCCUUACCAUGUGAGGCACGUCUUACCUGUGGUCAUGUUUGCCGAAUGCCAUGCCACACUACCGACAUGGAACAUGAAAACUACAAGUGCCGUCAAAAGUGUACUCGGACAAUUUGCCCCUUAGGUCAUCGAUGCAUGAAACAGUGCUACCAACCUUGUGACACGCAGUGCAAAAAAUCUGUUGAUAAGACAAUGCCUUGUGGUCACGUCCAGAAGGUGCCUUGCUACAAAAGCAAUGCAGAAGUAAUCUGCGAAUCUCCAUGCCGCAGGAGACUGGAUUGCGGACAUCAAUGCAAGGAGCUGUGUGGAAAGAGCUGUACAAUGUUAUGCGAGGAAAUAAUUCGUCGGUCUGACUUUCCUUGUGGCCAUAAUGUCCUCGACAAAUGCUCUGCUGGUCCUGAGUCCUGUUCGGAGCCAUGUGAUAAGAUUCUGAGUUGUGAACAUUCGUGCAAGGGCUCAUGCGGCAAGUGCCACCAAGGACGUCUUCAUGCAUUCUGCCGAGAAAGAUGUGAUCGUACACUCGUUUGCGGUCACCCUUGCCGGUCGACAUGUGCUGCGGAUUGUCCACCGUGCUCAAGGAGGUGCGAAAACAGAUGUCAGCAUAGCAAAUGCAAGAAAAAUUGUGGAGAACCUUGUGUCCCUUGUGCAGAGAGGUGCACCUGGCGUUGUCAACAUUUUCGCUGUGGGGCAAAAUGUGGAAAACCAUGCGACAGACGUGCUUGUAAUGAUCCUUGUACACUCCUGCUGAAGUGUGGCCACCCUUGUAUCGGUCUCUGUGGUGAACCGUGCCCCAAAAAGUGCAGAAUCUGUGAUAAGGAGGAAGUUACUAGGAUCCUCUUUGGCGAUGAAGACGACGUUAAUGCUCGGUUUGUGGAGUUAGAGGACUGUAAGCACGUGAUUGAAGCGGAUGCCCUGGACCAAUGGAUGAAGACGGAUAGUGGAAGCAAGGACACGUCAGAGGCGAUCUCCAUUAAGCUGAAAGAGUGUCCAUGGUGCAAAACACCGAUCAGACGUAAUCUGCGAUACGGAAACCUUAUCAAACAAGCUCUGGAUGAUAUAAAUGCUGUUAAAAGAACCAUCUUCGGCGACGAAAACACAAUCCACUAUCUCCGUCAGAACCUACAAAAAAGACUUAAGAACAUGGAUAUUUUCGCCAUCACAAGCGAUGCCCGCCGAUUCCAAGGCAUGGUCUAUUCGACGUCUGCGUUGAGCCACGGACAAAUCACCGCUUUGAAAAAUAGAGUCCGUUUUCUGAAGGAAAUGAGAGACCUGGCUAAAGCAUUGCAAUCGCUGCAAUCUCCAUUCCUUAAUCAGCAGUACGUGAAUCAGAUGAAGAGUGAGAUAGUUGGCCUGCAAACCUGGUUGUGCCAGGAGCCCAUCGACAGGAUGUCCCAGCAGCAGACCGAUGACGCCAACAGAGAAGCAAAGAGGCUCCACCUAGCCCUAAAUUUCUUCCGGAUCCUGGACGAGAAACCAGCUGCUCAUGACAAAGCAAGCCAAGAGGUAAAGGCCGCCGAGCUUCAACUCUUUGACGGGAAGGCUUUGACUGCCCAGCGAGCAGAUGAGGUCAAAAGUCUUCUCAAGAAGAUCGAUUCCAAGUCCGGUGGGUUGGAAAUUAGCGAGACAGAGAGGAAGGAAGUAGUCGCCGCAAUGGGUCUGGCCAAAGGUCAUUGGUAUAAAUGCCCCAAAGGGCAUGUCUACGCCAUUGGGGAAUGUGGUGGGGCCACACAGACGGGCAAGUGCCCUGAAUGUGGUCUAGGAAUUGGGGGCACCGGACACCGUCUGACAGAGGGCAAUAGGGUUGCUUCAGAGAUGGACGGGGCGCGACAUGCAGCAUGGUCGGAAGAAGCUAAUAAUAUGGCGAAUUUCAACCUAAAUAAUUUGCAUUAGAAUUGAAACUUGAUAGCAUUUGGUGAGCAAACAGGCUGUCCUAAUAUUAUCGUAGACAACUUUAUUUCCCUUCUCCGAUAGUCCUCUCAUUCACUUUUCAUAUUUAAGAUGUUCGGCAUUUCAUUACCAGUUGUCGACAUGUAUACUGUCGAACAUUAUAUGAAGUAGAAAUCAACCACACCUUUUCUUGACGUAAUGUUUCAUGAAAUUUUCAAUAGAGACU